AUGCCAGUCACGCCGCGCCGCUCGACCCGCGGCGCAGUCUUCACGCCGACGGCGAGCGUGGCGUCGGUGCCAACCGACACGGUCUUCGCGUGGACUGGUACGGCCAAGCCCGCCGCAGAAGGCGGCAGGGUGUACUACUCUGGCUUUUCGCGCAUCGUCAAGCACUCGACUCGCGGGGGCAAGGCCGCCGUCGGCGGCGAUGACAGCGACGACAACAGCGACGAUGAGGAGGGCAACGCGAACACGAAGACGCCAAAGGUCGAAGUCGCGGUGCCGAAGCGCCGCCGCGCCCCUGCCCCCAAGCCGGACGAGGAAUCCCGCUUCGCGAUCGGCGACGGCGUCGUCGUGCAGGUCGAGGGCGGGAACGACGGCAUCGGCAUGCUCACUGCGCUUUGGGAGGAGCCGGCCGGCGACGACGAAGACGACGAGUCGGAGGACAGCUCGCGGUCCAGCUCGGCCCCCGACAAGCCCCUCAUGAUGGCGCAGAUCCACUGGUUCUUCAGAAAGGAGGACUUGCCCGGCGUUAUGAGAAACGUCAAGCUCGAGGACAACGAGGUCCUCCUCGCCAGCUCGCCAAACCGGCCAGUAACGACCAACCUCCCGCUACCCCUCCUCGUCAAAACCAUCCCGAUCUACUCGAAAGCCGUGUACAAGGCCCAGUUCCCCGACGCCGAGAGAAAAACACAGUGGAAGGGCUGGGCGUACCUCCCCAAGGCGAACGUGUUCUGGUGCGCGCGCGCAUACGACAAGGGCGCUCGCGGCGGCAAGGUGUGGAAGGUCGACAUUGACGAGUGGAAGGGGCGCGGGCGCGCGGGCAUGGGGUGGGCCGUGCAGAUGGUGCAGGAGGAGAGCGAGGACGAGGACGAGAGCGCGGCGACGUCGCGUGCCGCGAGCCCCGACGCAGGGAGCGAGAGCAGGGACGACGACGCGUCCGUGGUCGACAGCGACGAGGACGACGGCCCGCGACGGCGCAAGGCCGCGCCAAAGCGCAAGCGCGCGGCCGCUACGACGCCGCGGAAGCGCGCAAAGCCAGAGCCGAAGAAACGCAUCCCGCAUCCCAAGUCGUCGAGCUCGCGCCUCCCUGCGGCCGUCCCGCGCGUCGAGGAUCUCCCAGCAGAUCCGUACGAGCGCGCCCUGCGCCUCCUGCACGUCGGCGCAACGCCAGAGAGCCUGCCGUGCCGCGAGGAAGAGUACGUCGACGUGCUGAGCCGCGUCGAGGAGGGGAUCGAGAGUGGCGGCGGCGGGUGUCUGUACAUUGCCGGCGUGCCCGGUACCGGCAAGACGGCGACGGUGCAUGCCGUGGUCAAGGAGCUGCGGCGGAAAGCCGAGGACGGGGAAUUAGCCCCCUUCUCCUACGUCGAGAUCAACGGCCUCAAGAUCCCGUCCCCGCAGCACGCGUACACGGUGCUUUGGGAGACGAUUUCGGGGCAGAAGGGCUGCUCGGCCAAGACGGCGCUGCGCGGGCUCGAGGCGCACUUUGGUCGCAAGACUGGCUCUGGCGUGCGUGGGCCAAGAGGACAUACCUUCGUCGUGCUCAUGGACGAGCUUGACCAGCUCCUCACGGCGAAGCAGGACGUCGUGUACAACUUUUUCAACUGGCCCACGAUGCGCGACUCGCAGCUGUUCGUGGUGGCGAUCGCGAACCGCAUGGACCUGCCACAGCACCUGGCGGCCAAGAUCAAGUCGCGUCUCGGCCUGCAGACGCUCCUCUUCCAGCCGUACGACCGCCAGAGCCUGAUUGAAAUCGUGCAGUCGCGGCAGGUGGCGCACCCCGCCUCGAACGCAGAGCACAAGGUGCUCGCGCCCGAUGCGAUCGCCCUCGCCGCCACCAAGAUGGCAGGCACGAACGGCGACGCGCGCCGCGUGCUCGACGCGUGCCGCCGCGCCGUCGAGGUCGCCAUGGCCGCGCCAGAGCGCAAGGCAGUCUCCGCACGCGACAUGGUGCAGGUGCUCAACGCCAUGAGCUCGUCCCCCGUCGCCCUCUUCCUCCGCCAGUGCAGCCCGCAGCAGAAGCGCUUGCUGGCCGCGCUCGUCCGGUGUAUCCGCCGCGAGGGCGUGCCCGAGAUUCCGUGGCGCGCCGUCCGGACAGACCACGACGCGCUGACCCGCUCCCUGGCCGAGAGCAACGAGCUGCUCAGCGACGCCGAGCUGCUCCUCGUCCGCUCGUCGCUUGUUGCUACGCACGCGCUCACGUCUGCGCCGGACGCGUACCGGGCGCCCGAGGACCGCCGCCUCGCGCUCGGUAUGGAGAUUGGAGAGGUUGGCCGCGUGCUCAUGAACGAGGGGGAGGCGUGGCGCCGUGCGUUGGCGGGCAUUUAG